UUGGCCGUGCAUGCACAAACUUACUAAGAGGUUUGUCCGUGAGCAAACUUACAUCUACUGGCAGGGGAUGGACGGCAGCAGCAAUCCCACUGUGGCCCACGUCUAUGUGAAGGGAGAAGAAGACUUUCUUUAUCAAAGCUCAUCCUUUCAGAACAGGACUGCAAUCUUCCUUUCUCAAUUAGAGGAUGGAAAUUUCUCUCUCCUGAUUAGGAACCUGAUGCUGGACCACGAUCGGACCUUCAUUGAAGUUGUUUUUAUUUCAGAUGACUCAAAGGAGAAUAUCUGUCAGAAGACCCUGCAUGUAGCAGCGGUCUUCCAGGAACCAAACAUCGAGCUAAGCCAGGCCUCAGCAAUCUGCAGCACGGCGGGGGGCUAUCCUGAACCUGAGGUGACGUGGCUCUCCACAGACGACCAGGGGAACAAAACCAUCCUGGAGCCACUGGAAGUAAAGACUGAUAAUAACACCAGGAAUGGAACAUUCAGCAUCUUCAGCAAAGCCAACAUCAGCGGAUUAAAAACUGUAACGUGCAGAAUUUGUAAUCCCACCUCGGGCGAAUGUCAGACAACAACUAAAGACGUCUCACCUGCCGGGACUUUGUUUACAGGUGGCAUAGCUGUCAUCGUCAUCAUUACCGUCAUCGUGGGGAUUAUCAGCAUUGCUCUUUGUGUGUUCUGUCAAUUAAAUGGAAGAAGAACCUCCACAGGAUGAAGGUCUUCCUGUUUGACUGUGGACGUUAGAGGAACUUGCGUUUUUGGACAUGAACACCAACGUGAACGUGGAUGCUGGAGCCUUUUUUUAUUUCUCGUCUCUUAUUGACAGUAUGACAUCUUAAUGAACACUGACAGGUCCAGCUCCACAUUGAGCAGGACGCCGGGUCCUUCUGAAUCAGCUGACUCUCUUUUUACCAUAACUUUAGA